GUCAGUUUUGGACGUUGCCGUCGUCAACAUGUCCGGCCACGGCCCGUCGGCUGAAGACGUGCAAGAAGAGCAAGCACAUUUCCGCCAGGUGGUAACGACCUUCCGACAAUACAGGCAGUAUUCAUUGUCGGCAAACAUCCGUCGCCGAAAGGACUUCUACUCGCUACCCCUUCCGCACCAGAAGCUGCUUCGAGAGGUUGGGUGGUACCAGAAGCUAGGAGAUGUGGACGAUGCUAUCCUAGUCAAUGCAGACUUCUUGGAGCAGAUCGUGGAUGAUACAGAGAUCUUUGCUGGGUCUGUCGACGAUCUGGAGGAAGCGUCAACGGGCGGCGAGCAGGAGGAGGCGAGUUCGUCUGAUGCUCACCCCCAUGCUGAACACACGCACGAACAUGGCGCCCAUGGGCACUCGCAUGGCAGACACUCGCACGGACACGCGCACACACACGAGCGUGUGGUUGGCAGUUCCUCUGUGCCCGCCCACGAACACCGGCAGAAGGUGUCCGAACCGGAUAUGGAUAAACUGAGGAGUACGUUGAAGCAGUUCGUGAGGGAUUGGAGUGCCGAGGGAAAGAAGGAAAGGGAUGAACAGUACGAGCCGAUUUUGCAGGCAUUGGAGGAGCAUUUUAAGGAUAUACCGGAGGAUGGUCGGUCCGAUAUUCAAGUUCUCGUACCUGGUGCGGGAUUGGGUCGAUUGACAUGGGAGGUCGUUAAUCGCGGAUUUUCGUGUCAGGGCAAUGAAUUCUCCUACUUUAUGCUUCUCUCGUCCUUCUUCAUGCUCAACCGGUCCCCGGAGACCAAUAAAUGGACAAUAUACCCUCACAUCCACUCCCUGUCUAACCUUCAGAGCGAGGCAUCUCUUCUGCAGCCCAUCAUGAUUCCGGAUGUACUCCCUGGAGAGCGAAAACAAGGACCUGAUUUUUCGCAGGUUGCGGGUGAUUUCGAGGAAGUGUACGGCUUGGGAGCCCGAGAUCAGGCGGAGGCGUGGGACGCUGUCCUUACGUGCUUCUUCAUCGAUACGGCGAAGAAUAUUGUCUCAUACCUGGAGAUAAUACGGCAUCUCCUAACGCCGGGAGGAGUCUGGAUUAACUUGGGUCCUCUUCUCUGGCACUUCGAGAACAACAGCACAAAAGACGUAUCUAUAGAAUUGAAUCUAGCUGAAGUUAAGGUACUUGCAGAGAAGAUGGGGUUCAAGAUCGAGAACGAAAGAAUGAUUGAAACAACCUAUGUUGGUCAUGAGGAUGCAAUGCUUCAUCAUGUGUACAAUUGCGCAUUUUGGACCGCUACAAAAAUCAAAUGAAUGUAAUUGUAGAUAGUUUAUAGAGACAUCGAAUUCACAACAUCC